AUGGCGCAAAUCAGCCCUGUUCCUCUGGAAACAGAUGCUGCGCUCACGCGCCUCACAUUUGUAGUAAGCAAGGAAUCUGCCCUGUCUCUGGCUGGCCGCAUUUCGCAUUCGCAGGUUGGCAGCACAGCCCUGCCCGCCAGUGGUGCUAAGAUGCUCGAUCUCGGUCACGACAGAAGGGAAGCUCGCCGAGACCCACCAAUUCACUGUCGGGAUUGA